CUGCAGAGUUGGUGGCGAUGCUGUCGGGCACCCAGGCAGUGCAAGCGGGAUGCGCGGACGCGGAGCUGCGGUGCCGUGUUGCUGUGGAGGAGUUGAGCCCGGGCGGGCAGCCGCGAAGGCGCCAGGCCCUACGCACCGCGGAGCUGAGACUGGGUCGUAACGAGCGCCGCGAGUUGAUGCUGAGGCUGCAGGCGUCCGGGCCCGCGGGGCGGCCGCGGUGCUUUCCCCUGCGCGCCGCGCGCCUCUUCACGCGCUUCGCCAAGUCCGGGCGCAGCACUCUGCGGCUUCCCGCCGACGGCGCUCCCCGGACCGGCGCGGUGCAGCUGCUGCUCUCCGACUGCCCCCCUGACCGCCUGCGCCGCUUCCUGCGCACUCUGCGCCUCAAGCUGGCCGCGGCCCCGGGUCCCGGGCCGGCCUCCGCCCGCACGCAGCUGCUUGGCCCGCGGCCCAGCGACUUCGUCACCAUCAGCCCGGUGCAGCCCGAGGAGCUGCGGCGCGCGGCGGCCACCUGGGUCACGGACUCCACGCCGGUGAAGCAGCCCACGGAGUCCCGGUCCGGGGCCAAGCCCAGCACCGAAGUCCCAAGGUGGCCCCUGCCUGUGAAGAAGCUGAGCUUGCCCCCCGCCAAACCAGAGCUUUCCAGGGAACAGGCUGCUGUGCUGAGGGUUGUCCUGAAAGGCCAGAGCAUUUUCUUCACUGGGAGUGCAGGGACGGGGAAGUCUUAUCUGCUGAAGCGUAUCCUGGGCUCACUGCCUCCCACAGGCACUGUGGCCACUGCCAGCACUGGGGUGGCAGCCUGCCACAUCGGGGGUACUACCCUCCAUGCCUUUGCAGGCAUUGGCUCGGGUCAGGCUCCCCUGGCCCAGUGUGUGGCCCUGGCCCAGCGGCCAGGUGUGCGGCAGGGCUGGCUGAACUGCCAGCGGCUAGUCAUUGAUGAGAUCUCCAUGGUGGAAGCGGACCUAUUUGAUAAGCUGGAGGCCGUGGCCAGAGCUGUCCGGCAGCAGAACAAGCCAUUUGGAGGGAUCCAGCUCAUCAUCUGUGGGGACUUCCUGCAGCUGCCGCCUGUAACCAAGGGAUCCCAGCCCCCGCAGUUCUGCUUCCAGGCCAAGAGCUGGAGGAGAUGUGUCCCAGUGACCCUGGAGCUGACGGAGGUGUGGAGGCAGACAGACAAGACCUUCAUCUCUCUGCUGCAAGCUGUGCGGCUGGGCAGGUGCUCAGAUGAGGUCACCCGCCAGCUCCGGGCCACGGCUGCCCACAGGGUGGGGCGAGAUGGGAUUGUGGCCACGAGGCUCUGCACCCACCAGGAUGAUGUGGCCCUUACCAACGAGAGGCAGCUGCAGAAACUACCAGGUGAGGUACACAGCUUUGAGGCCAUGGACAGUGACCCUGAGCAAGCCCGGACCCUGGAUGCCCAAUGUCCCGUUAGCCAGCUCCUUCAGCUAAAGCUGGGGGCUCAGGUGAUGCUGGUGAAGAACUUGGCAGUGUCUCGGGGCCUGGUAAAUGGUGCCCGAGGGGUAGUAGUUGGGUUCGAAGCCGAGGGGAGAGGGCUGCCCCAGGUGAGGUUCCUGUGUGGAGUCACCGAGGUCAUCCGUGCAGACCGCUGGAUGGUGCAGGCCACUGGGGGCCGGCUUCUCAGCCGGCAGCAGCUGCCCCUCCAGCUGGCCUGGGCCAUAUCCAUCCACAAGAGCCAGGGCAUGUCCCUGGAUUGCGUGGAGAUCUCUCUGGGCCGUGUGUUUGCCAGCGGCCAGGCCUAUGUGGCCCUUUCCCGGGCCCGCAGCCUGCAGGGCCUAUGUGUGUUGGACUUUGACCCCAUGAUGGUUCGCUGUGACCCCCGUGUGCUGAGCUUCUAUGCUACCCUGCGGCAGGACAGGGGCCUCAGCCUGGAGUCCCCAGAUGACGAUGAGGCAGCCUCAGACCAGGAGAACGUGGACCCGAACCUUUGAUCUGCAAAGAGAAGACAAAGGGUGGUCUCCCCCUCUUCCUGCUCCCUGGUGGGCCAGGCCCCAGUGGAUACCUGGGGGAGGGUAGUGAAUGUCCCUUUCUCCCUUCAUCAGGGGCUCUCAGUCUCCUGGCAGGGCUCAGGAGAGAGUGCUUCCCAUCCAUUUGCCAGCUGUGCCUCAGUUUUUCCCUUUGCCCGGGGUGAGCUGCUUCUGGCGUCAGGAGUUGGCAAUGGGCCUGCAGCGGUAGCUGGUGUUAUAGGACAGAGCUCUCUGCGAGGGGCUGGCCCCAGGGCCACACGGUUGUGAAUGCCACUCUCUUUAGGCUGCAGACAGGAGAGGUGGCAGGUCCUCCAGGAGCAGAAACAGGCUGUAGGGGUCCUGGCAGGGGACUCAGGUCCCAAGCAGAGAAGGGAACCUUGCUGGGGGAGGGGAUCUUCACAGCUAGACCCAGCCCAGCACAAGCCAGGGCAAACACCCUCCUGAGCCUAACCUGAGAACAUGCACUGCAAACUGUGUGUCUAUAUCUUACGCUGCUCUUUUGGUGAAGAAGUCAUGUGUAGGAGUAUUGAAAUGGAUGUUCUCAGACUGUAUUUAUUUUGGACAAAUAAACCUGUGAACUGUGUGAGGACUGUGAGUUGAGUCUUAUGGUCCCUUUAAGAACCCCUACCUGGGGCACUGGCUGACCCUUUCCGGGGUGCUACCCCUACCCC